GCAGGGUAAAGACACAUUACAUCAACGUGAUCACAAAGGACUUUAAAUACAUUUCAACUCAUUCAAACCUAAAUUAGAAUACAAUUAAAAGGAAAUACCUUACCGUAAUUUAUCUUUAGUUUAAAACUACACACAGCCGUAUAUAACAUUGUACGAUAGAUGGAGCUGUGAUCCUUGAGAAUUCAGGGAGAAAACCAACGAGGAAGAAAAGCGUUCUUGUUUUGAAAUGCACUUUCUAGCUUACUUGUUUUUGGUUUCUGGUCUAUUUUUUUCUUCAUUAGAUCAUUUAGUUGUUGUGUGACUUUAAUGACAUAGAUUUAGAUUUUUAAACCUUUUUGACGAAAAGAGGUUUAAAAUCUGAGUCCUCUGUAAAGUUAGUAUUUCCUUGUAGAGAAUAAUGGUAUUAUGGUCAUUGUUUGUAAACCUUACCAGUAUUUUAAGCACUCAUGAGCAACACACGGGCUCUGGUGAGUUGUACAAUACUUUCUCUACAAGAUUCUUGUUUUGUAUAUCCAUGCUGCAAAGACUGCCUAUCCAGACUAAAUAAGGAAAGCAAAAGAGCUAUUUGUGGAAGAUGUGGAUUCACUUGUGACUUGCAAAACGUGGACUACAGAUACAGGCUGUCAUUUAAAGUGUCCAGAAACCAAGAUAUAUUUGGUGUGACAGUAUUCGGGGGCUGUUUGAAUCCCUUCUUCGGCAUAACUGCUGGUGGCCUUCAAAGAUGUAUUGAUUUGGAGAAAACUGAAGGCACACAUACUGUUCAACAACUCCUUGUCAAAGCUGUGGAAGACUGCUUUAUAGGAAAAUGUGUCAUAUUUGGAUUGAAGGUUCCUCAUAAUGUUGCCAAAACUUCUUCGCUGUCUGGACAGUUAGUGGCCUGCCAGAUCAUUUCUCCAUGCGAGUCUUUGAUUGGAUGCACCGUAAUCGGUUAUUUUAAAAACCUCCUGCGAGCAAAUUCUGAGUCUGCAAACAGUAUUUGUUCAUCGCAACAGAAAGACUCACAAAGUUCACAAAGAAAUGAACUCAACAGUUUUGAUUAUACUCCUCCAUCAUGUGGAAAGUUGGAUUCUCAACCCAACAGUGAAGGAUUCACACUCUCAAGUGCAUGGCAGUCACCUGGGUUAUGCUUCCCCUUAGAAGAAUUAAAUAAUGACUUGAUACAGCAGUCCAGAGACUGUGAUCAUCAUGAUCUUUCACCAAAGAAUGAAGAGACAAGAACAUGCCAAAGCAACACCAGUCAGCUGAAGCAUGUUAACUGUGUACAGGAUGAACUGAAGAAUGAAACACAGAACAGUCACAGGAAAUCUUUUUCCUCAAGCUGUGACAUGUUUGAAUCAUCAGAAUCACAUUUUAACACUUCCACUGCAUGUGAUGCUAUAAAUCCACUUAGCACUUUGUCCUGUGAAAAUAAUUCUGAAAAAACUACAUCCAAAUGCCUUGCCAGAGCCAAAACAGAGGAAGAAUAUGAUGCACCUUUACACGAGAAGUCACUUUACAGUCAUUACAGUCAAAACAUGGGUUUUGAUUUAGAGGAUGCACCUUUAUCAGAAAGCUUACAAGAAUUUGUCAAUGUUGAGCCUCAGAUAUCAGAGACAAUUGAUACAAAGAACCACAGUUCAGGUAAAAGUAAUCAAAUGACUGAAGUGGAAAAUAAAUUCUCACUGACUGAAAAUUCAGUGGUUGCAACCAUCUCAAAAAGUGAAAAAUUGCCCUCACCAGUGCACAAUGUGAACAACAUUAGCUGGAAAGAGAACAAUGAAAAUGACUGUCCAGAAAAUCCUGGAACUAAGAUGAACAAUGCUGAGAUCCGUAAGACCAAUUCUUCAAAAAAGAUGAUUCCUUUUAGUCCUGACAUUAUGUGUGCAUUUAAUCGCUCUACAAACAACAGGUUGUCUUUUCCAGACAAAAAAGAACUCGCUUUAAAAAGGAAAAAAUUAACUAGGAGCAGACCCUCUGUGGCUUUUUGUUCAGUAAACCAUGAAAAGGGCAAAUAUUUCAGGCACUGUGCACAAAGUGAUGUCCAUUCUGUAAACUGCAAAGUCAAGCAGGAACGUAUUGUGUUUGAUGACCGUGAGGAGAGGUACAAUUGCUCUGUAGACUUGUUUGCUUCUGGUCAGAGCAGUAUGGACAUGAACCUUUCGGAUGUGACAGAGACAUCUAAAGUCAAUGAACUGAGAAAUGUCAACACAUCAGAACCUGGAGGUUCAGAUUCUCUGCCUUUUUCACCAUGUUUGCAAUCCACCCCAGUUUCUUAUUAUAACAACUCAUGUGGACAGAAAACCAGGCGAAGCCAAAAACGUGUAGCCUCACUGUGCUCCGGACAAAUCAAGUGUGAGUUUAAAAGCAAGAUCGUAGAUCUGAGGUUAAGUGAUAAAAGACAAAAGAUGGAUCAGUCGCAGGUUGUUGGGUCUACUGAGAGUUUCUCCGGCGAGUCUGACAUGCAGGAUGCAAGUUGUAAUUUAUCUGUAAAUGAGUGGUCCAAAGAUCUUUUUGAAAAUUCAUUUUAAAUUAAAAUUGAGUGAGAUAAAUUUCAAUAUUUGUUCUGUUUAUUGUAAGUGUAAAUUAAAAAAAAGUUAUAUAUGUAAAAUGUAAUUGUAAAUAAGCCACUGUCUAAAUAAUUUAUAAAUAUGUUUAUGAAUAUUAUAAAAACAUGCCCAGAAUUGUUUAUUCUUACGCAUUUUAUUACACUAUCAGUCUUUUGAAAAAUACGAUUUUUAAUGUUUUGUUAAAGACGUCUCUUCUGCUCACCAAGCUUGCAUUUAUUUGAUCCAAAGUACAGCAUUUUGAAAUAUUUGUACUAAAAUCUAUUUGAAUAUAUUUUAAAAUGUAAUUUAUUCCUGUGAUUUAAAAGCUGAAUUUUAGCAUCAUUACUCCAGUCACAUGAUCCUUCAGAAAUCAUUCUAAUAUACUGAUUUGCUGCUCAAAAGACAUUUAUAAUUAUUAUUUUGUAAACAGCUAAGUAGAAAUUUUUAUAGGUUUCUUUGAUGAAUAGAAAUUCAGAAGAACAGCAUUGAAAUCUAAUAGUGAAAUCAUUUGUAACAUUAUAAAUGUCUUUAUCACUUUUGAUUAAACUACAAGCUUUUAAAUGGUAUAGUGUGUAAUGUCACAAAUGUGUUUUAAUUCAGUGUUUUAUUCAUCAAAGAAUAGAAAAUGUCAAAAUGUUUUAAAAAUUUAUAUUUUCUGAUAAAACUGAUAUUAAUAAUAAAAAGUUUCUUGAAUAGCAAAUCAGCACAUUACAAUGAUUUCUAAGGGGUCAUACCACACUGAAGACUGAAGUAGUGUGCAGAAAAUGUAGCUUUGAUCAACGGAAUAAAUUACAUUUUAAAAUAUAUUCAAAUAUAAAACAGUUAUUUUAAAUAGUAAAACUAUUUCAGAUUUUUUCUGUUUUUCCUGUACUUUGGAUCACAUAAAUACAGGCUUGGUGAGCAGAGGAAAUGUUAAAAAAACACUAAAAUCUUACUGUUCAAAAACUUUUGACUGGUAGUGUAAUAGUAAUAAAACAGGCCCUACAUGUUUAAUAAUCAAAAACACGUUUUUCAAUUAAAAUUGUGUUAAUUUUGCGUCACGUCCACCAAUACUUCAGCAACGUUAAUGUACUCAAAACAGAUGAUUAAAAUGCAAAAAAAAUUAACCUAUUUCCAUAUAUCUGUGC